UCUUCUCAAGGCAGUUCACGCAGUUCCACAUGUUGGGUCUUUCAUCGAAGCAGUCGCUUAGUCGCGGAUUGAUGACGCCAUCGCCAGCCUAUCUAGCAGGUGCAGUGAAAUUCAACUGCUUCAUACAGUAUUUCGAGGAUGACGGAGAACGAUGUUGAGAACGAGCUGUUGGACUAUGAGGAGGAUGAGGUUGAUGCAGGUGGUGUCGGGGACACAGGCCUGGGACACAACGAUGGCGGGAUAUCCAUCAGGAAAGAAGGGGUCAAAGGGUCAUAUGUGUCCAUCCACUCCUCAGGAUUCAGGGAUUUCCUUCUCAAACCAGAACUGCUGAGAGCUAUAGUGGACUGCGGCUUUGAACAUCCAUCUGAAGUUCAGCAUGAAUGCAUUCCUCAGGCGAUCCUGGGGAUGGAUGUAUUAUGUCAGGCCAAGUCUGGAAUGGGGAAGACGGCUGUCUUUGUGUUGGCCACCCUUCAGCAGCUGGAGCCAGUGACCGGGCAGGUAUCAGUGUUGGUGAUGUGUCACACCCGAGAGCUGGCCUUCCAGAUCAGCAAAGAGUACGAGCGCUUCUCCAAAUACAUGCCCAGUGUCAAGGUGGCAGUGUUCUUUGGUGGUUUAUCUAUAAAGAAGGAUGAGGAGGUUCUGAAGAGAGAGAGCCCUCAUGUGGUGGUGGGAACUCCUGGACGCAUUCUAGCUCUGUCUCGCAACAAGAGUCUCAACCUGCGCCACAUCAAGCACUUCAUCCUGGACGAAUGCGACAAGAUGCUGGAGCAGCUUGACAUGCGGCGUGAUGUCCAGGAGAUCUUUCGUAUGACCCCUCACGAGAAGCAGGUCAUGAUGUUCAGUGCCACCCUGAGUAAAGAGAUCCGUCCUGUCUGCAGAAAGUUCAUGCAAGAUCCGAUGGAAAUUUUUGUGGACGACGAGACCAAGCUGACGCUUCAUGGCCUCCAGCAGUACUACGUCAAGCUGAAGGACAACGAGAAGAACAGGAAACUCUUUGACCUCCUGGAUGUGUUGGAGUUCAAUCAGGUGGUGAUCUUCGUGAAGUCCGUGCAGCGUUGUAUUGCUCUGGCUCAGUUGCUGGUGGAGCAAAAUUUCCCUGCCAUUGCCAUUCAUAGAGCAAUGCCUCAAGACGAAAGAUUAGCUCGAUAUCAGCAGUUCAAGGAUUUCCAGAGACGAAUCCUGGUGGCCACAAACCUGUUUGGCCGAGGUAUGGACAUCGAAAGAGUCAACAUCGCCUUCAAUUACGACAUGCCUGAAGAUUCAGACACAUACCUGCACAGGGUUGCGAGGGCCGGCAGGUUUGGAACGAAAGGUCUGGCCAUCACCUUUGUGUCAGAUGAGACUGACGCCCGCACUUUGAACGAUGUUCAGGACAGGUUUGAGGUGAACAUCAGCGAACUUCCAGAGGAGAUUGACAUCUCUUCAUAUAUUGAACAAACACGAUAAAGACGACAGAACACAAAAGGCAGCAGUUUCUUCGGAGGAUGCAUGGCAUUGUAGCAACUGGUAGCAACCGAGAGUUUGUCUGUCACAUAGACUGUUAUGGUGUUAGUGAAUAAACAGCUCAUAUCGCAGUGUUAUCCUAUAAUGUAGUGGAUUUCCUAAUACCUCCUCAGUAGUUCAGUUUGAUUUUGCUUGUUGACAGUAAAAAAUGCAUUAUUUUCAAUGUUAAUAUUACUCCUCCCAAUAUGAAUAAUUUGCUUGUUUUUGAAUUUAGGUUAUUUAUAAUGGAGAGGCAUAAUUUUUGUUUUCUGUUGUGAGAGGAGGCGUUUUCAUUAUUGGAUUAUAAUGGACCAUACAGUUGUUUGCAUUGAUGUUAAAUUGUUUGAAAGAUAUUCAGUAUAAUAGCAGUAUAAGCCUGAAUGCUUGUUACCAGUGAAGUAGGUAUCAACGAAAUGUGUUCAGUGUAUGUUCAUUUGCCAGACAAAUGGCCACUUUGUUUAAACUACUUAAUGCUUGUUAAACCAUAUAAAGUAUGUUUGUUUUAUUUACA